AUGACUAUUGAAUCAAGCACUAACUAUUCUUUCGGCACCAAGGCUAUCCAUGCUGGAGCACCCCUUGAUCCUUCGACUGGUGCUGUCAUUGAACCAAUUUCACUUUCAACUACUUUUGCUCAAUCAGAGCCAUCCAAGCCAUUGGGUAUUUACGAAUACUCCAGAUCUUCUAACCCAAAUAGAGACAACUUUGAAAAUGCUGUUGCCGCAUUGGAAAAUGCCAAGUACGCCAUUGCGUUAUCAUCUGGCUCUGCCACUACUGCUUUGGUUAUUCAAUCAUUACCAAUAAACUCGCACAUUGUUUCGAGCGGGGACGUUUAUGGAGGAACUCACAGAUACUUUACCCAAGUCGCCAAUACACAUGGUGUUGAAGCUCAAUUCGUUGGUAAUUUAGUAGAAGAUUUACAAGGUGCAUUGAGAGAAAACACCAGAUUGGUGUGGUUGGAAACCCCAUCCAAUCCAACAUUACAGGUUACUGACAUUGCCAAGGUGAAAUCUAUUUUGGCCGACCAUGAGGCUAAGACCGGUAACAAAGUCUUGUUGGUUGUCGACAACACUUUCUUAUCACCAUAUCUUUCUAAUCCUUUGACCCACGGUGCUGAUGUUGUUGUGCACUCAGUCACAAAGUACAUUAAUGGACAUUCUGAUGUUGUUAUGGGAGUCUUGGCAACCAACAAUUCUCAAUUGCACGAAAGGUUUAGAUUUUUACAAAAUGCAAUUGGUUCAAUUCCUUCCCCAUUUGACUCAUGGUUGGCACACAGAGGGUUGAAGACAUUACACUUGAGAGUGAGACAAGCAUCCAACUCUGCUCAAAGAAUUGCCGAAUACUUGAGUCAACAUUCUGCUGUGUUGAAGGUCAACUAUCCGGGGUUGAAAUCUCAUAAGAACCACGAUGUUGUUUUACGUCAACAAAGAGACGGUUUAGGUGGUGGUAUGAUUUCAUUUAGAAUUGCCGGUGGAGCCAAAGGUGCUGCAGUAUUUACUUCGUCCACAAAAUUGUUUACUUUGGCUGAAUCAUUGGGUGGUAUUGAGUCAUUGAUCGAAGUCCCAGCAAUCAUGACACACGGUGGUAUUCCAAAGGAAGAAAGAGAAGCCAAUGGAGUUUACGAUGACUUGGUUAGAGUGUCGGUUGGUAUUGAAGACACCGAGGAUUUGUUGAAAGAUAUUGAACAAGCUUUGCAAAAGGUAGCUUCCGUUUGA